AUGGUAUCUUCAUGCGAUGCAGGCGCCCUCCAACGUCUCGAAACAGCCGUGAUAUCCGCCCAAGAUCUCUGCCAUCAACUUGCAACCUCCCUCGACGACAUCUACAAGAACCCCUCUGCCGCCGCACUCGACCAAAACACAAACAACACCGACAUCAAACGUCCCCUCGACCUCGCCCGCGACGCCACCACUCUCGUGCGCGCGCACUCCACCAAACUCUCCCUCCUCCUCAUCAACGAACCCUUUACCCCUUCUGCCAUUGCCGACGUGCUGAAGCAGCUCAUCUCGGGCCCCGUGCUGCUCGGCCUCGCCUCGGCGGCGCAGGCCUGCGACCCCGCGCAGUAUACCGCCUUCUUUCGAAAAGAGCUGGCCUGGCGCGCGAGGCGCAUACUCGUGACCCUGUCCGAGCUUCUGGGCAAGAUUCCCACCAAGGACGGUGUCGUCUUGUCGGGAGCGAAAAAGGGUGGCUUCGCCGCCGACAACAAGGGCAGCCUGCCCGCAACAGGCAUAUUAUGGUCUGCCUGUGACGAGAUGCUAGUGCUGAUCAGUGGUGGGAUCAAGAAUUACUUUAUAACAAAAGUAGAUCAAUGGAAAGAGACACUAGAAGAUAUUAUGGAGGAGCUCAAGGAAUGGGGCGACGAACAGCCCGACGACAACGACGAAGAGGGCGACGACGACGAUGACGACGAUGAUGACAAUGAUGGCAACGACGAUAUAAACCAAGAAACCGAUACAACCAUACUAAACAGCUCAGUGUCUACCCAAGACAUGCUCGACCAUUUAAUGAGCUCCGGCCCACCUAUACCGCGCGAUGACCCAAGAGGCAUCCGGCCGCGGCUUGAUUCGACCCUCCGCCGCGUCCGCCUAGUCGUUCUCCUAUAUCAAGCCAUCAGCAAGCGGCGUCUCAAACAGCUGCCGCCCUUGCCCCCGCCUACCGAUAGUACUUAUACAAACAUGCCCCGGCGGCUGGAUGAGGCUGUUCGCGUGCUGAGCGCCCUGCCCGAGUCCUUUGGUGACUUGGUCUCCGUCUUUUACGACAUGGAGCCCGCUGUCAUUGACCGAGCAGCCGACGACUGCUUCUUUGAGGCUUUUGCCGCGGGAGAGCUGCUCAGCGACCCCUGGUAUGGCGGCCAAGACGAAUUCUCUGAGUGGACUGAAAAGUUCAAGACAGAAAUCAAAAGAAGCUAG